CGCAAUUUGCGUAAGUGCACCGUACCAAAGACGGUCUAAAAUCGCUGAUACUCCUCAGCCUCUAAAUCAGCAAAACAGCUGCCAUACAAAUUCCGCAACAGAGCAUUCACUGUGCUAGGCUCUGCGGUGUCAAAUAAGGAUAGAUCUAUGCGCUCCUCGACGAUAAGGGGCUCGGAAUAGGGCGGAGUGUCUCAGCUCCCAACGACGGAGUAAACGCCGAGCGACAGCUUUUGGUCGCACUGUGUUCGUCGUGAAACUACGUCCGGGUUGAAACGAACGUAAACAUGCCCGAGAUAAGAGAGGACACCUUUGAUGUCAAAGACCUGGCUGAGUAUGCCAAGAAGCAGAAAUGGUGGAACCGAGUCUUCGGGAAAAAUGACUCUGGGCCAGCUGCAGAGAAGUAUUCAGUGGCCACACAGCUUAUAAUUGGAGGAGUGACAGGCUGGUGUGCAGGGAUUCUGUUUCAGAAAGUUGGGAAGCUGGCUGCUUCAGCAGUGGGUGGAGGCUUCUUUCUGUUACAGAUCGCUAACCACACAGGGUACAUCAAAAUUGACUGGAAAAGAGUGGAGCGUGAUGUGAACAAGGCAAAGAAGCAGCUGAAGCUUACUACAGAAAAGCCCCCGAAAGAAGUACGGACAAAGGUAGAAGAGGUGCAAACAUUUGUGAAGAAGAACAUUGUUCUCACUGGAGGCUUUGCAGGGGGAUUUCUGAUUGGUCUGGCAUCUUAGGAAUUUUUAAUUUUUUUUUUCUUUAAUAUUUUUUUCUCAGUUUUCUUAGAGGCUGCAUAUUAUAAAUGCAAAUUAUCAUUUAUAUAGAGAUUUAAAACUAAGUCUUGCUGCAUCUUGUAUUGGACCGUACUCCAAGCACUUGCUGUACAACGUAGAAUUUUGGAAAUUAGUUCAGGUGAGAGCCAAACAUUUAUGUUCAGGCUUCAGCAUGGCCACAAUAUCUGUAUUUUCAGCAGCAUAUUCUGUAAAGCUUAUUUGCACUGUACGAAGUUACAAGUAUGAUAUGCCAAAAUAACAUUUAUCAGGGUGUGUGUGAACGUACUUAUAGUGACUGGAAGCGAUUGAUAUUUUGCCCUACAUUUUUUCCUUGCCGCUGCAGGAUGGCACUGACCAUUUCUGUUGCUGAGAAGUAUGGGUGUUGCUUACUGUAUUCAAGGGUACUUUUAUUUAAAUAUUGAGGUAAUGUUGGUUUAACCCCCAUUAUUUUCAUUAGUUUGGCGAAGAUACCAAAGUAAAGUGGAAGUUCCAGAGACCUUAAAUUUCAUGUUAAAUUUAAACAGAGCUGUUUUAUUGCUCUAGUUAUGAUUGUCUCCAUGUACUGGCAUUUGAAUGUAUACUUGUUCAAGUUGGCCUUGUUGUCUUAGAUGUUUUAUUGGACCUACCAAAGCCUAGGCAUUGCUGGAAGUCAAAUGAACAUUAUUUGAGUUGAUUUCUUGAUAGUUCUUGUACUGCAAUAAGAGUGUACAUAAUUGGUCAGUCAGAAUGGAUGCUAGUUUAGAUUACAUUUGGGUUAAAAAGAGCCCCCUUUCUACGACCUGAAGUUUAAAAUGCAAUGUUUUAAUCAAUGUAUGCAUGUAUGUACCUUGAGGCUUUGUGAGAAAAAUGUUUUCUUCUGUUGCAAGAAUAAUCUGGUUUUAUGCCCAGGGCAUCCCCUUUAAUAAUGGAAAUGUAAAGCUCUGCUAAGCACAACAGAGACGUGACAAUUUAAAUCGUGUUGAAUAAAAAAAUCAUAAAUGCUUCAUAGCUACGAAUAACGGAGGCUUGUAUCAAAAUGCACUUCAA